ACCCAACAACCUCCCCCCUCCCCCCACCUCUCUCUACGCUUCUACUCAUUCUCUCGCUUCUCAGCGAAACUCGGGUGGGUCCCUUCCCGCCGUAUCUAAGUAUCUACUCGUCGGACAAAAAAUGGCCGAGUCGCCCUCUCCGACGCCUGAGCAGCCCUUGCCGGAAUCCGAUGAUUCGCAGUACUGGUGCUACCACUGCGACAAGCGUGUGUCAGUAGAAACGCAUCCUGAGGGCGCUGACAUUCUCUGCCGCGAGUGCAAGCGUGGUUUCGUCGAAUCGAUUCCUUCGCCGUCGUUGGCUACGCCCUCUGCGACUUCUGAUCUGAUCGACGAUCCUCAUUUUGAAUCGCAGUUUUUGCGAGUGCUUCGGCUACUUGCAGAGUCAGCGCGUGAUGAAGAUGGGCCUCCUCCUCCGUCUCGGAACCUCUCCUCAGGCGAUGAUUUUCUCAGGGUUGAGCUCGAGGAUUGGGAUGACGAUGAAGAAAGCAACAACAACAAUAACAACGACGAGGACGAAGAAGAUGAUGGGGUGGAGUUUCACGAUGAAGGAGAAGAGCACGAAGGUGCCGAAGAGCAUGAAGAUCGGCUGGGAGAAGAGGACCCAAGUGGAGACGAAGUCGAAGAAGAUCUGCGAAGGAGGAGCAUGCGUAACCGGAUCAGAGACUUGACCAGUCGGAUCAGAGAUUUGGCAACCGGCACAAGGAGCAGGAGGAACAGGAUCUUGGAUUGGGCUGAUAUACUGAUGGGUCUUGAAGACAAUUCCAUAGAACUGAGACUUCAAGUGCCUGAUUCGGAUCGAUUUUUUGGGAACCCGGGAGAUUAUGUUGAUGCUGCUGAUUAUGAAGCUCUGCUGCUGACCUUGGCAGAAAGCGAUGGAAGUGGGAGAAGAGGAGCCCCACCGGCAGCAAAAUCUGCGGUGGAGUCGCUGCCGACGGUGGAGAUUGUGUCAGAGGAUCAAGUUUUGGUGUGCGCGAUAUGUAAAGAUAUGGUGGGCGUGGGAAGCAUGGCAAAGCGAUUGCUCUGUGGACAUCAGUACCAUGGGGAUUGCAUAGUGCCUUGGCUGGGCUCCAGAAAUUCAUGCCCGGUAUGCAGAUUUGAGCUUCCAACGGAUGACCUGGAUUAUGAGGAGGAAAAGAAGAAGAAGGUGAUUGCCACUACCGUUAAUGGGGCAUCGGGUUCUGGUGGGACUGAUGCGGUAUCGGGUUGAUUCUAAAUGUAUGUUCUAUACUAUUUAUGUAAUAUAUUAUAUUUGGUGAUUUACAUCUUCUUUGCAAACUUUUUCACUUGCCUACUACGGGCUUCUUGUUCUUGUUUCUUUUUUCUCCUUCUUCUUUAUUUACUGGAAGUUUCAUGAAGCUAGCUCCUUAACUCUCUUUGUAUAUAGAAUUUGGAUCCAUGUGAUCAUACUGCUUCAAUGCAAUUUCAAGUUUCCUCCUA